CAGGGCCAAGGCAGCCACCCACCACUAGACUUCUGGCACUCUGUGGGUUGGCUAAUGUGAAGUGGGGGACUGACUGUCCCCAUUAAUACCAGGUCGCUGAGCUUGGGUCAUCUUCUCACUUCCAUCCUGACUGUGUGGUUUGUGGGUCCGAUCCCAUAGCCAAAGGCUCAGGAUGCUAUUGCUGCAAGCUGUUCUACUGCUCCUAGUACUGCCCAGUCAUGGCCAGGACCCCACGACUGAAGAGACACUUGUCCCACUUUCCCCACCUAAGGGCUCCUGCUCAGGUUGGAUGGCAGGUAUCCCAGGACAUCCAGGCCACAAUGGGGUCCCAGGACGUGACGGUAGAGAUGGCAACCCUGGAGAGAAGGGUGAGAAAGGAGAUCCAGGUGUUCUUGGUCCUAAGGGUGACACUGGUGAAACUGGAAUGACUGGGUUGGAAGGUCCCCGAGGUUUCCCAGGAAUCCCAGGUCGGAAAGGAGAACCUGGUGAAAGUGCCUAUGUGUACCGCUCAGCAUUUAGUAUGGGACUGGAGACCCGGGUCAUUGUUCCCAAUGUUCCCAUUCGCUUUACUAAGAUCUUCUACAAUCAGCAAAAUCACUAUGAUGGCAGCACUGGCAAAUUCCACUGCAACAUUCCUGGGCUAUACUACUUUUCCUACCACAUCACAGUCUACUUGAAGGACAUGAAGGUCAGCCUCUUCAAGAAGGACAAGGCUGUGAUUUUCACCUAUGACCAGUACCAGGACAAAAAUGUAGACCAGGCCUCUGGCUCUGUGCUUCUCCACCUGAUGACUGGUGAUGAAGUCUGGCUCCAGGUGUAUGGGGAGGGAGACCACAAUGGACUUUAUGCAGAUAAUGUCAAUGACUCCAUCUUUUCAGGCUUCCUUCUCUACCAUGACAUCAACUAACUCAUCACUAACUCAAGAGUCUCCACCCCCACAAACAGCCUGCAGUUCAAAGAACAGUUCACAUAUUUUCACUGUAGUUCAGAGACCGAUUUUAUUAUACAAUUGAAGGGACUGGAACAUCAUUCAUUCACUGAUUUAUCGAUGCAUCAUGUACCUUAAAAAGUCCAUACGUUAUGGCAAAAAAAAAAAAAGAGUUUCACUUACACGACAAGAUAAUCAUCUACAAGGGUAUUUGACAGUGCUAUUGUAUACUCACUGUGUCUCCUUGUGUUCAUUCUAAUUCUACAAGGAACACAGGAGAGAUGUUAUCCUCUCUAUUUUUUACACUUGGGAAUCCUAAGACUGUUCAUUAAGUGAGUGCACAGGUUACACAGACAGUAAGCAGCAGAGUUAGACAUCUUCACCAAGACCAUGUAGUCCAUCCCCACGCCACCCCCACAUACCAGAUUAUGUCAUUUUAGGGGGUACAUGGCCUCUUAGAGCUGAUGAGGGGCAUCUCAUCGAGCUUACUUUAGGGCUUCUAAAUUGGUCUUAUUGAUGAGUUAAACAGUUCCUUGAUUUCACAGCUGGGCUAUUUUGUGUCAGCACUACUCCGUACCUUCUCUUCUCUGUAUCCUUCCUCAUGUCUUACCUUAAGUUCAAAAGCCCAACUCCAUUUCUAUAUGCUGAAAUACUCCCUGUUUCUCAAGGCUACUUGAUCAGGAAGUCUCCCAUAUGUGCUAUUUCUUUCCUGCGAACCUUCUUGAAUCACCACGAUGGUCCCCGUGUUGCCCUGAUGGGAAUCCUCAGUUUGGCAGACUUGGGAUUAUCCCAUGGGUCCAGGGAUUCCCCAGAAUGAAUUGUGCUACUGUUCCUUCUUCUUCUUUUAAAUUUCUGUAUUGAGGAAUUAAUGUUUUACAUUCGACAUUAAAUACAAUAGUUUGUACAUGCAUAACAUUUCCCAGUUUUCCAUAUAACAAUACAACCCCCACUAGGUCCUCUGCUGUCUUUUUUGGACCUGUAUUCUACUCCCCCCACCCCACAGUCUUUUACUUUGUUACAAUACACCAAUUUACUGUUCCUUCUGAAUCUAUUCAUCUGUCUUUGAUAAGUUCCCCAUAAGGCCCAAUCCCAUAAGAGUUUAUCCAUUUCCAAUUUUUCCCGAUCACUGAUCCUUAUCUACAAAAACAUUUUUAUUUUAGAAAAUCCUUAGUUUUAAGCACCCAACCCUCAUUCUUCUGAACAGCUUGAACCCUUUCCACAGAAGUGAAGUUGGAUCGUGGUUUCCAGAACACUUUAAAUAUUUUCCCUCAAGUAGAUAGCUAAAGUUUGCAAUGCAAAACUGACAUGAAAACCAUUCUGUCCUGACAAACAGGGGCGGGUCUAAGGAAAACCUGGGUCUUCCGAAUCUACUCACGUUCUUCAAGGAUUAGAAAAAUGUUUAGAAGGAGAAGAAAAAAAAAGAAUUACCUGAGGUGAUAAACAUGUUAGUUAGUAUGGAUGUGGAGUCUAUUUCACUAUGUAGAGUUAUAUUAAAUAUUCAGAUUGUAUUCCUUAAAUAUAAACAGCUUUUAACAUUCAUCUAUUAGUCCAGAGAAAGAGAGAAUUACAGAUGGUUGAUAUUGGUAAACUUCCUCUCAAAAACAAUAAUUUGAAUGAUGCUCGUUUAGCAAAAGCAGUUUUUAAAUUCUGGAUACAUAAAUAGAUGAAAAAAUUCUUUACUUAGUUUAGAAUUUACGUAGUUUAAAAUUCUGAAUUAUUUUCUUUUGUAAGUUUCAUUGCUAUUCAUUGAGUGAUUGUUAUUUCUACAUAUAAAGCUUUGUUCUUUAAAGUACUUGCACAUCAGUAUUUUUUACUAGUACAGAUACUAUUCCACAUUAAACUAGAACCUCUGGAA